AUGUGUGGGCUGGUUGAGGCCACUCAGAAGAACGGCAAGGUCUGUUGGGCCCUCGGCAUCCAGCCCCAACGAGACAUCAUCAAGUCCCGCAAGUCCGCCGCCGACGGCGCCACCAAAACGUCCAAGCUGUUCCCCGUCAUGGACGCCCUCAACACCAAGCUCCUGUUUGUCUGCUCCUCCGCCCUGCCCGCCGACCAGCUUGAGCCCUCCACACAAGCCGCCGUCAACCAGCUCAGGGCCAUCAGGACCACCGCCGCUAACUGGUCUCCUCACCCCAUCCUUUCCCUUCUUUUGAGUGUGUGUGCUAAUCAAGCAGAGAUGUUUGCAGUCGGCCCAAGCCUGUCGAAGCCGCUUGAGCAGUACAACAAGGCUGUGCACAACAUGACCCUCAAACUCCAUGUUGGAGAGGAAGACAGACCAAAUGCAGGCGCCAGCAGCACACCAAUUGCUGACCAGCCCCUCUCCCGCAUCCGCGGAUACGAGUCAAUGACAGAGGAUGACAAGGUGCUGGUCAGUGUUCAGCACGCUCUACAGCCUCAAGCACUGAGCCUCCGAGGGCAUCCAGGUCAUCUGGAUGCACUCAGAGGCCACCUGAACCAGUUUGGCGGCGUGUGCGCCAGGUGGGGUGUGCUUGGCGCCUGGACCAACCUUGGCCGCAAUGCCACUGAGAGCUCAGACGUCCCAUCCCGUCCCCACCCUCCCUCUACCAGGUGUUCCUGGCUUACACGUCUGGACUCUCCGUUGUUGUCCGUCACCAAGUUGGCCCAGUCUGUUUCUUCAAGAUAG